AUGAGAACCCAAAAUGAAUCAGAUCGCGAGAAGUGUGCAGAUAAUGAAGAACCUAGAAAAGCUGCUGGAUUCGAGGUGUUGGCUGCCGAUCGGGAUGAAGUCAUUAUUCUGUUUGCAACCAAAUUCUUCAUGCUCGGAAUAUCUGUACUCAUUAUGAUUAUAUCGAUUAUUUGUUGGAUCGGAAGUAAAGUGGCAUGGGAUUUUUUUGUUUGGUCGGUCUUCUCAAUGUUGUCGAUUGGAUUGAUCAUUUUCCUGCCAGAAUACUUUUCGAAUAUCAUCAACGUUGUCAUUCAUUUUUGCUAUUGGAUUGCAUUCAGCAUCUUCGUCCUUGUCAGACUUAUUACAAUAAUAAUUAAGAAAGGGGAAGUACAGGAUGCUCUCAAAAAAAUGCCCCCAGCCCAACGGGAAGCUGAACAAGCUAUAGCUGACAGAGUGUUUCCUUACUGGAUUGGAUGCACUUGUGCCAUUCUUCCUCUAGCAAUUCUGGUUACCUUCCUCAUGUUCCGCUUUUUCUUCUUCUUCUACAAAAAUCGCUGA